AUGCUUUUCACAAAGAUCAUCGUCUGGGCCUUUGCCACUGCUGUGGCCGCUUCCCUCACUCUCAAGGAGAUAGCCACCAAGUUCAGCAUUCCAGAGGCCAACAUCAAUGAGCUCCUCUCUGCCUCCGACGUUUCCACCAUUAGUGCUGAGAAAUGGGCCGACUUCCUUCACACCAGUUCCAAGGAAAUCAGAUCAUGGACCCAGUCAGCCAAGACCGCUGCCCUUGAAGAAAUCAAGGUUGAAUUCAAGACCUACAUGGAAGCCGACACCGACACCAAGCUUGCAAAGCGCCAAAGCAACCGCGACAAGGUACAGACGGAAAUCAACAACAGGAUUGCUACCUAUCGCAGUGAACACGAGGCUGAUCAUCGACGUCGACUGGCCGGUUGCCCUAGUGUCCGUUGUGGUGUGUGUGCCGCUGGUCUGACCGUCGCUUAUGUCACGGCCCUUACUGCCUGCGGCGCUGCUGCUUUGACUGAGGAGGCUAUUUCUGCCGGUACUCUGACUCCUGUUGCCGUUGUUCAACUUGGAGCCUGUGUUGGACUUGCUCAUGGUACCUAUAUCGGAGGCUGGACCUUCUGCCUCGGCAUGAAGGACUAG